AGACUGCGCAAUGUCGCUAUGGGGAGUUAACGUUACGGAGUAACCGAUAUUAAUGUAAUUUUUUAUAUUUUGUGAAUUCACGGUAAUACAUGCCCAUUAGUCAGCCAUUUUGGAAGAAUUCUCUGUUUGGAAGUCAUGCGGCGGAGUAAGUUUGAGGUGGACCGGUACGUCUCCACAGUACAGAGUUCCUCUCCCUCACUCAAAGAGAAGCCCAUCAAAGGGUUUUUGUUCGCCAAGUUGUACUUUGAAGCAAAGGAAUAUGAACUUGCAAAAAGACACGUAUCAGAGUACCUCAAAGUCCAGGAGAGAGACCCGAAAGCCCACAAAUUCCUUGGACAGCUCUAUGAGAGAGAGGGAGACAUCAACAAAGCCGUAGGAUGUUACAAGCGGUCUGUGGACUUAAAUCCAGGCCAGAGGGACCUGGUGCUGAAGGUGGCCGAGUUGCUGGUCAGUAAGCAGGAAUGUGACAGCAGAGCAGAGUUUUGGGUGGAGAAAGCCGCCAAGCUCCUGCCAGGAAACCCUGCAGUCUUCAACCUGAAGGAGCGUUUGUUGAGUCGCCAGGGCCAGCCGGGAUGGAACCGGUUGUUCGACCUCCUUCAGGCAGAGCUGGCAGUGCGGCCAGCUGACGCUCACGUUAACGUGAAGCUGGUGCAGCUGUUCUGUCAGGACGGACGGCUGGAUGAAGCCGUUAAGCAUUGCCUGGCUGCUGAGAAAAAGGGCAUGCUGAGCAACAGCCUGGACUGGUACACAGUGGUGGUGCGCACACUGCAGGAGUAUCUAGCUCAGCCCAGCGUCACUAGCAAUGACAAGAUGUGUCGGCUGCUGCAGAGAGAGCUGCUGUUGGCCCACUGCGGCCUGCUGAGAAUCACACUGUCUCAGAGCAGCAUGCAGCCCAGCCUCGAUGCUCUCACAGGUUUUGACCAGGUUAUGCAGACGCUGAGCAGCAUCGCUGGCCAGCAAGCAGACGAUCUUUGCGAGGUGUUUGUGGAGAUGCGAGGUCACCUCUACCUGCAUGCUGGCACCCUGCUGCUGAAGCUGGCUCAGGAUCACCAACAGACCUGGAGGGCCAUCAUUGACCUGGUUGCACUCUGCUACCUGCUGGCACACCAGGUCCCCAGACCAAAGCCUAAAGUCUCCAAAGGAGAGCAGUCGGCCCCUAAGCUCCUGGAGCUGCUGUCCAACGACCGACAGAGUCAGGCCGGACACAUGUUGCUCAAUCUGAGCACAGAUUCAUCCACUUUGAUCAGAGAGGUAGUGGAGGCGUUUGGGAAUCGUAAAGGUCUGGACUCUCUGUUUGAACUCCUGUUUGGAUCACAGGCCUCCACCUCAUCUUCCUUUAUCGCCAACGAUGACAUUCGUUCCAUCAACACCAUGGCUCCAGAGCUCUCUCAACUCGCCAAAUGUGAUGCUGGCUCCAUCUUGCUGCAUGCUGGAGACUUGCAACAUCUGGGCUGGCUGGGGCUCCAGUGGACCCUCCUGGCCCAGAGGCCGGCCCUGCGGAACUGGCUCCAGCAGCUCUUUCCCAGGCUCACUCUGGACACCUCCAAACUGGACACCAACGCACCAGAAUCCAUUUGCCUGCUCGACCUGGAGGUGUUUUUAUACGGUGUUGUGUUCUGUAGCCACUGUCAGCUCCAGGAAACUGCAAAGAUCAACAGCGGAGGGAACCAGCAGCAACAACAGCAGCUGUACGAGCCUCGCUGCCUCCCCCUUCCUCUCCUCCGCCUCCUGACCACCGACAGACAGAGGGAGUGGUGGGACGCCAUCUACAGCCUCAUUCACAAACAAGCAGCUCCUGGCAUGUCGGCUAAACUGCGGAUGAUUGUGCAGCACGGACUGAGCACUCUGAGGGCCGGAGAGAAAAAUGGGCUCCAACCAGCGCUGGCCAUCCACUGGGCACAGUGUCUCAGCCAGACGGGUGACGGAGUGAACUCGUACUACGACCAGAAGGAGUACAUCGGCCGAAGUGUUCACUACUGGAAAGUUGUACAUCCGCUGUUGGAAAAGAUCAAAAACAGACGCAGCAUACCAGAACCACUUGAGCCCCUCUUCAAGCACUUUUCCUCCAAAGAUAUUCAGAUUUCUUCUGUGAAGGGAUACGAAGAGGAAGCCAAGGUUGCAUUCGCGGCUCUUCUGGACAUUGAAGGCAAAACGGAGGAGGCCAUUGCUACCUUGGAAACCAUCAACAACAUGUCAUCCAUAUGGCAGUUAGCACAGAUCUACCAGCGACUUUCAGAAGAGGCCAGCAACGGGGUUGAAGAGACCCAGGACAGAUGCAUCACUUUCCUGAGGAAGUUUAGGACCUACCUGUCUAAGAUCUACAACGCUAACGCAGAUGACAUUGAGAGGCUGCCUGUCUCCAUGGAGGAAGUUGUGGACCUCCUGAAUGAUGUGAACCAGCAGCUGGGUGAGAGUGCGGAGGGUAUGGAUGAAGAGGAGGAGGAGGAGGCAAGACGAAGAGGACCAGUCCAUUCCAGCCCAGCUCACCCCCCAGAAACCUUGGCCACUAUAUCACACAUUAAGUUUACCACUCCCUCACCGAACAAAAGCCUCAUCUCUCCUUCAAAAAGACACCUGAUUUCCCCCAAGACACAACCUCAUUGGGUGGAGGACCAGAAAAGUCUCCUCCAAAUGCUGUGUCAGCAAGUUGAAGCCCUCAAGAAUGAGGUUCAUGAUCUGAGACACAACUCGUCAGGGAACGCAGACUCCCCUCAUCACAAAAUGUAUGGUGAGAGUUAUGGGGCCGAGGGCCUGCAGGAGCCCUUCACCCCAGUCCAGUCCUACCACGGGGCCCCCCUAACAGUUUCCACUACCACCCCCUACAACCAGUCUCCAGCUUCUAACUCUCAGUAUCUCCUGCGCCCGGCAGCAAAUGUAACCCCCACUAAGAGCCCAAUGUAUGGUAUGAACCGUAUGCCACCUCAGCAGCAUAUGUAUGCCUACCAGCAGCCUACUCAUACUCCUCCACUCCAGACAGCCCCAGCCUGCAUUUACCCUCCUCAAGAACCAGUCUUUGGUGCCCCUCUUCGCUUCGAAUCACCACACACAAGCCUUCUUUCCCCAUAUAGUGAAGAAUAUUAUGGGCAGAGUGUACCCCAGCCAACUACGAACCCUCCCCUUCCUGAACCUGGCUACUUCACCAAGCCAACUGUAGUACCUGUGCAGCCACCGAAGAGCAUUGACGGGAAGCCUAUGGACUUUGGGAAGCUGUCCUUCAGCCAGCAGGCCCCCGCUGAAGUCCCCAGAGUGCCUAGUUUUGGAGCAGCAGGUGCAAUUCCCCCGUCAGUGUCCCCAUCUGGUUUUAAAUUCAACUCCAACUUCAAAUCAAAUGAUGGAGACUUCACUUUCCCAGGUUCCCAGGCCAAGCACAGUGAAAGCCUGCUUGGUCUUCUUACAUCAGAAAUUCCCACCAAAACGGACACUGCCCCAGAUAACCUUCCAGGCCAGGAGCAGCCCCCCAACCAAACAAGCCUCUUCACCUUCGGCAACAAAACUGUUGCCGGCUUCUCCUUUACUGAUCCUGCACAAAGCACAGCCACUGGGAGUCUUUUUGCAAAGACGGAGCAGCCAUUCAAAUUUGGUGACGUUACCAAGCCAGUGUUUGGGGUUGCCAUGCCGGCAGCAGAAGAGGAAAGAGCAGCAGAGAGUGACAAUGACGGCACUCAUGUUGAGGAGGAUGAGGAUGGUCCUCACUUUGAACCCAUUGUACCCCUGCCUGAUAAAGUGGAUGUGAAGACGGGUGAGGAAGAGGAGGAGGAAAUGUUUUGCAAUAGAGCAAAGCUGUUUAGAUUUGACACAGACACAAAAGAGUGGAAGGAGCGGGGCAUCGGUAAUGUUAAAAUCCUAAAGCACAGCUCUAAAGGAAAGGUCCGCCUCCUUAUGAGAAGGGAACAGGUCCUGAAGAUCUGUGCAAACCACUACAUCAAUGCUGAUAUGCUACUCAAACCAAAUGCCGGCUCAGACAAAUCCUGGGUGUGGAAUGCCAUCGAUUAUGCAGAUGAAGAGCCUAAGACCGAACAGCUGGCCAUCCGCUUUAAAACCACAGAAGAGGCAUCCCUUUUCAAAGCCAAGUUUGAGGAAGCCCAGCAAGUUGUGCUCAAUUCGACAGACAAACAUGAUCAACAGGAGAAGAAAGAGGAAAGCGUAAAUGUUUCGUCAUCACUGGCAGCCCAAUUUUCUAUUAAAGACGGGGAAUGGGAGUGCAAUGUUUGCUGUGUUAGAAAUAAACCCACUGAUAUGCGAUGUGCCGCUUGUCAAAGUGCUAAUCCCAAUUCUUCAUCCAAACCAGACAUUCAAGCUGCUGGUGAAACCAAAGCCAGUCCCUUUAGCUUCAAAUUUGGGACUGAUUCAUCAAAAUCCAGUAGUUCUGGCUCUACAUUUACAGGGUUUGGUGCUUUUGGAGCGUCUGUCCCCUCCUCAUUUACCUUUGGUACCAGCACCUCAAAACCUGCUGACACAGCAACUAAUGCUUUUGGUGCUGGCUUUGGUGCUGGCUUUGGGGCUCAGUUUGGGGCUCAGUUUGGCAAGAAGCCCGGUCAGUGGGAAUGCAAUGUUUGCGAAGUAAGAAAUGAGGCCUCGGCAGACAGUUGUGUUUCUUGUACGAGUCUUAAACCGAAAACGACUGCGAUAGCACAAACGGCACCACCUACAGAUGCCCCCUCUGUAUCUGCAUUUGCCUCUGGGUUUGGCGCCAAGUUUAGCAAGAAGGUCGGUCAGUGGGACUGCAUUGUUUGCGAAGUAAGAAAUGAAACCACUGCUGACAAAUGUGUGGCCUGUAGUACCCCAAACGCUGCUGCUAAAUUAACAGAGGGGGCUCGAGUAGCCCCCAAUCCGCCAGCAGUGUCAGGAUUUGGGGCAGAUGCGGCAAAAAAGGAUGAGCUGUGGGACUGUGAUUCCUGCCUGGUCAGAAAUGAUGAAUCGGCUGCUGAAUGCAUUGCCUGCAAUGCUCCACGUCCCACUUCCUCUCUAAAAGCCAUGUUUGACAAGAAGGACGGGGAAUGGGAUUGUGACAUUUGUCUGGUGAGAAACCAUGCCUCUGCUAAUAAAUGUUUGGCAUGUCAAACACCGAAUCCCAAAGCUAAAAGCACAAGCAGUGCCUCUGCCUCCACGUUUAGCUUUUCGUUUGGAACUAAGAGUUCAUCAAGCCAGCCUGCUGGAACUGGAUUUACAAUGCCUUUUGAAACUGGCAGCACUUUUCAGUUUGGGCAAAACAAAGAGAAAAGCUCAGCUGCCUCUUUUAAGUUUGAAGUUCCUCAGGCUGCACCUAGUAGCACUAGUGAUUCAGGCUUUUCCUUCACAAUGCCAGUUCCAGCCGGUGGGUUCAAGUUUGGCAUUCAGGACUCUACAGCAGAAAAUCCCUCCACUGAUAAUCAAACACCUCAAUCAGGGUCAGCCUCCAGUUUUCUGAAAAGUAUAGCUGAAAAGCACAAGGAACAAGAACAUGUGUCUUCAACCUCAGUGGGCCAAACGGAGCAAGGUCAAAAUCCAUUAAUUUCUGGAAAUACCAAUACAUCCAGUUUUGCGGACUUGGCCAGCUCCACUGAAGGGGACUUCCGCUUUGGCCAGGCGGACCCAGACUUCCAUGGUUUCACGAGGGCUGGUGAGCAGCUGUUCUCCACCCCCACCAAGACAGGCGCAAAUAAUGAGCUAGAUGACGAAGGCAUGUAUAAAACAGAAGAAAAUGACGACAUCCAGUUUGAACCAGUGGUCCAGAUGCCUGAUACGGUGGACGUGGUAACGGGGGAGGAAGAUGAACAGGUUCUUUAUUCUCAGCGUCUCAAACUGUUCAGAUUUGACUCGGACUCCAGUCAGUGGAAGGAGCGUGGCGUAGGGGUCCUUAAAUUCUUGAAAAACAGCACUAAUGGCAGGCUAAGGGUGCUGAUGAGAAGAGAACAAGUUCUCAAGGUGUGCGCCAACCACUGGAUCAACACCACCAUGAAUCUGAAGCCCCUGGCAGGCUCAGACAAAGCAUGGAUGUGGUUGGCCAGUGACUUCUCCGAAGGAGAUGCUAAACUUGAACAGUUGGCUGCUAAGUUUAAAACCCCAGAGCUUGCAUUGGAGUUCAAGGAGAAGUUUGAAGAGUGUCAGAGACUUCUCUUGGACAUUCCUUUACAAACCCCCCACAAGCUCGUAGACACAGGCAGAACAGCACGCCUCAUUCAGAAAGCAGAGGAAAUGAAAUCCGGUUUGAAAGACCUGAAGUUCUUUUUGACAGACGGGAAAACAAAGAUCAAAGGCGAGGAUAGCCAGGGAGACGUCACAACAUCCAGCAAUGUCUCAAACCUUGCAAUUAAGCCUCACGGUGAAACCACCGGCCCCACCUUAGAGUGGGAUAACUACGACCUAAGAGAGGAGGCUUUAGAGGAUACUGCCGACUCAUCAGUCUAUGCCUCUCCUCUUGCCAGCAGCCCCCCGAGGAAAAACCUUUUCUGCUUUGGAGAGUCAACCAGUGGCUUCAGCUUCAGCUUCCAACCUGGCACCAGCCCCUCCAAGUCUCCUGCUAAGCUUAACCUGAGCAGAGCCUCAGUGGGUACUGAUGACGAGCAGGACGUAUCCCAGGACGAGGAGAGGGACGGCCAGUACUUUGAACCUGUGGUCCCCUUGCCUGAUUUGGUGGACGUUUCCACAGGGGAAGAAAAUGAACAGGUGGUCUUCAGUCACAGGGCCAAACUGUAUCGCUAUGAUAAGACACUGGGUCAGUGGAAGGAGAGGGGCAUUGGAGACCUUAGGGUCUUGCAAAGUUAUGACACCAAACGAGUGAGGUUGAUAAUGAGGAGAGACCAGGUACUUAAGAUCUGCGCCAACCACCGGAUCACAUCCGCCAUGAAGCUUGAACCCAUGAAGGGCGCGGAGAAGGCCUGGGUCUGGAGUGCCAUGGACUUUUCUGAAGCCGUAGAGGGAAGUAUUGAACAGCUAGCUGUGAGAUUCAAGCUGCAGGACACUGCAGACACAUUCAAACGGGUAUUUGAUGAGGCCAAGGUCGCCGAAGAAAAAGAGGAACUCAUGACUCAAGUGACAGAGAGCGAUUCCAUGCCGCAAGACGGCGAACCUACAUCAUCUGUCCAGAGGGCUACAUCUUUGUGUGGAAAGGCAGCCAUCGCUGUUCUGGAAGAGACCACAAAGGAACGUACCGAGCUCCCCCCCGAAAGUAAGCCAAUCAUAGCUGGGCCUCCAACUCCAGUCAACGCUUCAAAGACAGUGGUCUCCCCCCCUAAGUUUGUCUUCGGCACUCAAAGCCUUCAGAAGAUUUUUGGUUUUCCUAAAUUUCCCUCUGAGGCUGAGGAAUCUGCAUCCGGUUCGAAAGCCAAAGAUGGAUGUUCUGCAAAGGCUUCACCAGCAGAACCAGCCUUCAAGAUCCCAGAGAAAGGGCUGGAUUUUAGGCUUUUCAAAGAUAACCCAAUGGCUUUUUGGACCAGCACAUCAACUACCCAAUUUGAACCCCCAGGGCCCCCCCAGGAAGAAGGAGGUAGCGUUGGGUCGUACAAGGACUCGGAGGUGGAAGUUGUGUAUGUCAGGGAACCAACUGCCGAACAGGCAGCUUUAGCCCAGGAACUCCUGCUGCCUCUCACCUUCUUCUGCUACCAGAAUGAACCAGGCUACACCAGCGACGACCAAACUGAUGGUAAAGAUAUUUAGAUAGUCGUCAAUUCAGGAGAUUAGUCGA